UCUGCCUGGGGGUGCACAGCAGGGGCUGCACCAGCGGGACCUAUGAGUUCCACGAUGGCCCAUGGGCCCCCAGGCGGCCCUGCGCUGGGGACGGCAGCCGCGGCCACGUGGAUGGCGAGCGCCCAGACACCACCCGCUUCAAGAUGAACGACCUGGACUCGGAGGUGCUGCCCUUGCCGCCGCGAUACCGCUUACGUGACCUGCUGCUGGGCGACCAGUCCUUCCAGAAUGACGACAGGGUCCAGGUAGAGUUCUACGUCAACGAGAACACCUUCAAGGAGCGGCUCAAGCUGUUCUUCAUCAAAAACCAAAGAUCCAGCCUGCGGAUCCGGCUGUUCAACUUCUCCCUGAAGCUCCUCACGUGUCUGCUGUACAUUGUCCGUGUUCUGCUCGAUGACCCAGCCCUGGGGAUUGGAUGCUGGGGCUGCCCUAAGCAGAAUUACACCUUCAAUGAUUCAUCUUCUGAGAUCAAUUGGGCUCCCAUCCUGUGGGUGGAGAGGAAGAUGGCUUUGUGGGUGAUACAGGUUAUCGUGGCCAUAAUCAGCUUCCUGGAGACCAUGCUCCUCAUUUACCUGAGCUACAAGGGCAACAUCUGGGAGCAGGUCUUCCGAGUCUCCUUCAUCCUGGAGAUGAUCAACACGCUGCCCUUCAUCAUCACGAUAUUCUGGAGGCCACUGCGGAACCUAUUCAUCCCCGUGUUUCUGAACUGCUGGCUGGCCAAGCACGCGCUGGAGAACAUGAUCAAUGACUUCCACCGUGCCAUCCUGCGGACGCAGUCGGCCAUGUUUAACCAGGUCCUCAUCCUCUUCUGCACUCUGCUCUGCCUCGUCUUCACAGGGACCUGUGGCAUCCAGCACCUGGAGAGGGCGGGUGGGAACCUGUCCCUGCUGACCUCCUUCUACUUCUGCAUCGUCACCUUCUCCACUGUGGGCUACGGCGACGUGACGCCCAAGAUCUGGCCAUCCCAGCUGCUGGUGGUCAUCAUGAUCUGUGUGGCCCUCGUGGUGCUGCCACUGCAGUUUGAGGAGCUCGUCUACCUCUGGAUGGAGAGGCAGAAGUCAGGGGGCAACUACAGCCGGCACCGGGCCCAGACAGAAAAGCACGUGGUGCUGUGCGUCAGCUCCCUCAAGAUCGACCUUCUCAUGGACUUCCUGAACGAGUUCUAUGCACACCCCCGACUCCAGGACUACUACGUGGUCAUCCUGUGUCCCACCGAGAUGGACAUCCAAGUACGCAGAGUCCUACAGAUCCCCCUGUGGUCCCAGCGGGUCAUCUACCUCCAGGGCUCGGCGCUCAAGGACCAGGACCUCAUGCGGGCCAAGAUGGACAAUGGGGAGGCCUGCUUCAUCCUGAGCAGCAGGAACGAGGUGGACCGCACCGCGGCGGACCACCAGACCAUUCUGCGGGCUUGGGCUGUGAAGGACUUUGCCCCCAACUGCCCUCUCUAUGUCCAGAUCCUUAAGCCUGAGAACAAGUUUCACGUCAAGUUUGCUGACCACGUGGUGUGUGAGGAGGAAUGCAAGUACGCGCUGCUGGCCCUCAACUGCAUCUGCCCGGCCACCUCCACGCUCAUCACCCUGCUGGUGCACACCUCCCGCGGCCAGGAAGGCCAGGAGUCGCCUGAGCAGUGGCAGCGCAUGUAUGGGCGCUGCUCGGGCAACGAAGUGUACCACAUCCGCAUGGGCGACAGCAAGUUCUUCCGCGAGUACGAGGGCAAGAGCUUCACCUACGCGGCCUUCCACGCGCACAAGAAGUACGGCGUGUGCCUCAUUGGGCUGAAGCGCGAGGACGACAAGAGCAUCCUGCUGAACCCCGGGCCACGGCACAUCCUGGCUGCCACAGACACCUGCUUCUACAUCAACAUCACCAAGGAGGAGAACUCGGCCUUCAUCUUCAAGCAGGAGGAGAAGCAGCAGCAGAGGGCCUCCCCCGGACAGGGGCUGUACCAGGGGCCCUCGCGCCUGCCAGUGCAAAGCAUCAUUGCCUCCAUGGGAACAGUGGCCAUGGACCUCCCAAGUGCUGAGUGCCGGCCCUCGCAGAGUGGCGGGGGUGGUGGGGGCAGUAAGUUGGCACUGCCCACAGAGAACGGCUCAGGUAGCCGGCGUCCCAGCAUUGCGCCAGUCCUGGAGCUAGCAGACAGCUCAGCCCUGCUGCCCUGCGACCUACUGAGUGACCAGUCGGAGGAUGAGGUGACACCAUCAGAUGAUGAGGGACUUUCCACAGUGGAGUAUGUGAGGGGCUACCCACCCAACUCACCCUACAUUGGCAGCUCCCCCACCCUGUGCCACUUGCUGCCCGUGAAGGCCCCCUUCUGCUGCCUGCGGCUGGACAAGGGCUGCAAGCACAACAGCUAUGAGGACGCCAAGGCCUAUGGGUUCAAGAACAAGCUGAUCAUCGUCUCAGCAGAGACGGCGGGCAAUGGGCUGUACAACUUCAUAGUGCCGCUGCGGGCCUACUACCGAUCACGCAAGGAGCUCAACCCCAUCGUGCUGCUGCUGGACAACAAGCCUGACCACCACUUCCUGGAGGCCAUCUGCUUCUUCCCCAUGGUCUACUACAUGGAGGGCUCUGUGGACAACCUGGACAGCCUGCUACAGUGUGGGGUCAUCUAUGCUGACAACCUGGUGGUGGUAGACAAGGAGAGCACCAUGAGUGCCGAGGAGGACUACAUGGCCGAUGCCAAGACCAUCGUUAACGUGCAGACCAUGUUCCGCCUGUUCCCCAGCCUGAGCAUCACCACGGAGCUCACCCACCCUUCCAACAUGAGGUUCAUGCAGUUUCGUGCCAAGGACAGCUACUCCUUGGCUCUUUCCAAACUGGAGAAGAGGGAGCGAGAGAACGGCUCCAACCUCGCCUUCAUGUUUCGCCUGCCAUUUGCUGCUGGCCGUGUCUUCAGCAUCAGCAUGCUGGACACGCUGCUCUACCAGUCCUUUGUGAAGGACUACAUGAUCAGCAUCACCAGGCUGCUGCUGGGCCUGGACACCACCCCAGGCUCUGGCCACCUCUGUGCUAUGAAGGUCACGGAGGAGGACCUAUGGAUCCGCACCUAUGGCCGCCUCUUCCAGAAGCUCUGCUCCUCCAGUGCGGAAAUCCCCAUCGGCAUCUACAGGACGGAGAGCCAUGUCUUCUCCACCUCAGAGCCACAGGACCCCAGAGCCCAGUCUCAGAUCUCGGUGAACGUGGAGGACUUCGAGGACACACAGGAUGUGAGGGGGCCUUGGAGCGCCCCGACAGGCAGUGGCCGAGGCAGCACCCAUGGCCAGCAGGAGGGCAGCGAGGAUCCCGCAGAGCACCCGCUGCUACGGCGCAAGAGCCUGCAGUGGGCCCGGAGGCUGAGCCGCAGGGGCACCCGGCAUGCAGGGAGGGCGGCCGCCCCAGAGUGGACCGGCCAGCGCCGGCUCAGCCUCUGCCGGCGCUCUGAGCGCCAGGAACUGUCUGAGCUCGUCAAGAACCGCAUGAAACACCUGGGGCUGCCCACUACUGGCUACGACGAGAUGAACGACCACCAGAAUACCCUCUCCUAUGUCCUCAUCAACCCCCCACCUGAUACCAGGCUGGAGCCCAACGACAUUGUGUAUCUCAUCCGCUCCGACCCCCUGGCCCAUGUGGUCAGUGGCUCCCAGAGCUGGAAGGCCAGCUGCAGCUAUAAGCUGUCAUCCUGUGACCCCGAGACUCGUGAUGAGACGCAGCUCUGAGCCGGCCCUGCAGGAAGCUCCCGUCUCAGCCAGGGGGACCU